UCUCUCUCUCUCUGUGAUGCAAUGCAAUGAAAUGAAUUGAGGUUGAAGUCUUGUGCUCUCACUCACCCUUAAACCCUAAUAAAUCCGGAUCGUAAUUGUGUCCUUAAACCCUAAUAAAUCCGUAUCACUAAUACUUAACACUCACGCUCGAGCCCUAAGGCAUCAUGGAGGUAGAUGAGGAAAAUUCGGUUUCAACUUCAGUUACUGAUCCUUCUGCUGCAGUCAUUGAAGAUCAGACUACAAAUUCUGCAAUUGAUCUGAUUCCUAUUCAACCAGUUCAACCUAUUGCUCCAAUACCCACAAUUCCUCCAAUAAUUACACCUCCAGUUGUGCCUCCUAUAGCUCCGAUUCCCACAAUUGUUCCAAUAAUUACGCCUCCAAUUGUGCCUCCUAUUGCUCCAAUACCCACAGUUAACCCCUCGAUUCCCCGUCCAUUGGCAUCUCUCCCUGUCCGUCCACCUAUCCUUAAGCCACCCCAGCCCCAAAAUGGUGAGGUUAGGCCCAGUGACUCUGACUCUGAUCAUGAUGAUUCAGGCCCCAAUCGGACUACUGCAGGUUCAGCUGCAGAAUAUGAGAUUUCAGAACAGAGCAAGCAGGUGAGAGAGAGGCAGGAAAAAGCCAUGCAAGAAUUACUGAUGAAGCGGCGUGCUGCUGCCCUGGCUGUGCCUACAAAUGAUAUGGCUGUACGGGCUCGUCUCCGUCGUCUUGGUGAACCCAUAACUCUUUUUGGAGAAAGAGAAAUGGAAAGAAGGGACCGUUUGCGGAUGCUUAUGGCAAAGCUGGAUGCUGAAGGGCAAUUGGACAGGCUGAUGAAAGCGCACGAGGACGAGGAGGCUGCAGCUUCUGUGACAAAGGAGGAAGCUGAGGAUGACAUUCAGUACCCGUUUUUCACUGAAGGAUCAAAAGCACUUUUACAGGCCCGAGGAGAGAUUGCCAAGUAUUCUGUUGUGAGGGCAGCUUUGCGUCUUCAGCGUGCAAGGAGGAGAAGGGAUGACCCAGAUGAAGAUUUGGAUGCAGAGGUUGAUUGGGCUCUGAGGCAAGCUGGUAGCUUGGUCCUAGAUUGUAGUGAAAUAGGAGAUGAUCGGCCACUUUCAGGAUGUUCCUUUUCACGUGACGGAAAGAUGCUUGCCACAUGUGCUUCAAGUGGAGUUGCUAAAAUAUGGAGUAUGCCUCAAGUGAGGAAAGUUUGUACUUUAAAGGGACACACAGAACGCCUAACGGAUGUUGCUUUUUCUCCCAUGGACAAUUAUAUAUCAACUGGCUCUGCUGACCGGACUGCAAAGUUAUGGAAUGCUGAAGGGUCUCUCCUGAAGACAUUUGGAGGCCAUUUGGACCGUCUUGCUCGUAUUGCCUUCCAUCCAUCAGGGAAGUACUUGGGCACAGCUAGCUAUGACAAGACUUGGAGAUUAUGGGAUAUAGAUACUGGUGAGGAGUUGCUCCUCCAAGAAGGUCACAGUAGGAGUGUGUAUGGAAUAUCUUUUCACCAUGAUGGAUCUUUAGCAGCAACUUGUGGAUUGGAUGCACUUGCUCGGGUAUGGGACCUUCGGUCUGGGAGAAGUAUUCUUGCCUUGGAAGGCCAUGUUAAGCCGGUUCUCAGUGUCAGUUUUUCUCCCAAUGGUUAUCAUUUAGCCACUGGUUGUGAAGAUAAUACUUGCCGUAUUUGGGAUUUAAGGAAGAGAAAAUCCUUGUACAUAAUACCAGCUCAUGCAAAUAUCAUCUCUCAAGUCAAAUUUGAGCCUCAAGAGGGAUAUUUUUUGGUAACUGCCUCGUAUGAUACUACUGCUAAGGUUUGGUCAUCUAGAGAUUUUAAGCCUGUCAAGACACUAUCUGGCCAUGAAGCACAGGUUACCUCAUUGGAUGUAGUAGGAGAUGGACAGUGCAUUGCAACUGUUUCACGUGAUCGGACAAUCAAGCUAUGGUCAAGCAAAAGCAAUGGAAAGGAGAAGGCCAUGGACAUUGACUAGCUGCAUUUGAUAUCCCCCUGUCAUCAGUGAGAGAACAUCUAAGUUUACUGGGCCCUAUAUUAGCAGAUUGAGCAUCACCGUAUAUUUCAACCUUGUUUUAGGAAGCCUAAGUAUAUGGAAUUUCUUUAACUUCGGAAUUUGUAGUUCACCAUCACAGAUUGAGCUUCUUUGUCAAACGUUCUAGCAAUCUCUUACUUACUGUUUUGUGAACUUUUUGUUUUGUUUUGUUUUUUUUUUUGUUUUUUCCCUUUUUAUCAAUAGGGUUUGUUAUCUUGUACUUGCUUUUGUUAAUUGUUGAGAAGCCACCCUUGUUAGUUGGAAUAGAACAGGGUCCCUUUGGCAAUCAAACGGGUGCCUAUUAACUGCCUUUGGCAUGUCAGAUGUACCCUUGUCAUAUGCUUGGAACUGUUUAGUCAAG